AUGAUCGGGCAAUAUGUCUGGAAAGAUUUUGGCAUAAACUGGAGGUAAGCGAUUGUCAAAAUUAUUGUUAAAAUAUAAGGACCGUUCAUUUAUUCGUUCAUUCAUCGUUUAUCAGGUAGGCGAAGGGGGGGGCUGGUGGCACUUGAGAGGGGGCAUGAAAAAAAUGUGACUUUAAAAGUGGGAUUUAGAAGGAAAAAAACAUUGGGUUUAAUGGGGCGUCACCCAAAAUGACUUUUGCAUAUAAUUCAAGUAGCCUACCAGAAUCCCAUUUCCGACACAAGCGGGGGCCGCACAAAAAAAGUCUUAUGAAGAGGGACGCUCAUCAUGUUCUACAGGAGCUAUCAGUCGAAUCCCACUAGCCCCCCCCCCCCUUCAUUAUUUAAGAAAUGAACGGUCCCUAAUAAAUGGUAGAGUUUUAUCCCCGUCAUUCCAUUUCAAUGGUUCAUAUCUGGUCACGCAACAUCAUCCGCCAUCUGUAAAUCCGGGAGGAGCUGCGUGGGAGAGUGGUCCACUACCCCAUACCAUUAUGUAUCACUCAAAAAGUUUUGGUGCAGUGUGAAGGUAUGAUUUAGUAUACCCAUUUUUGAUAAAUGGUACGUGGACGGGUAUAUGCAUUCCCUUUUGCCUGCUCUAAAUGUACUGUCUUUUCUUGAUCUCCAUUAAUUAAAGCUGCGAUGUUUUUUUUUCCUUUUUUCAAAGCCACACGAUAAAAAUAUCGUACUGUAAGUUCCAACAAUGAAGCGGCUCAUUUACAUUUUGAAAUUCGACAUAUAGUGUUCUUAAUCUGCGUCGCAAACCCGGUCCUACUACGCGAUGGUUUUAAUUUGUAAUUUUUAAAUUAAAGGGAAAAGACUUGAACCUUAUGGGAUGAACAGAGACGAGAUGAAAUUUUAAAAUCUAUUGCCUCUCUUUGCAAACUUAGCGUGCCCACGCUGAAAAGAAAGAUGGCUCAGUUUGGUAUCACAUACUAUCGCGAUGAGAGUCCAAUAGAUGUUCUGAAUGCAAUACAGGUUAAAUAAUAAAAAGUGCUGAAAGAAAAUGGUUUUAUAUUAAUCGUGUCGGGUUUAACGUAUUUUAUCAGUAGAGUAGACUAGUCUCCAAUCAGCCAUGGAGGAGACUAACUGAAGUUUUUUCAUUUGCAGUUUGAACUUGAUAGUGCAAGGAAAUUAGUUGGAAUUCGAACAAUGCAGUUAAGGCUGCGAAUGCAUCAUGAUCUGUUGGUCACAAGGUUAGUGUUAGUUGGACGGAGACCAAAAUGCCAAGGCUAGGAAAACAAAUAGGAUUUAUAUACCAGUUAAUAUGGAGAGCAGUUUGCUAUAUACAAGGGGUGCUUUUGUUUCAGUUUUUUUGUGUCUGUCGUUUGUUUGUGUAUUUUUAGUUUUCUGCUUCUUUUUGCACGCGCUAGAUGCACCAACCCUGUUACUUGUUUCCACAGAGACCAAGUUCAUAGCAUCAUGACUUUGACUGAUUAUGAUGGUUUGCAGAAGAGGCGGCAUCGUGUUUUACAGCGACGUAUAUUUUUCUCAAAGGUGUGUAUAUCACUAGUGAAGUCAAAUCAAGAAAAAAUUACUCUAUUGACGAGUAUUAUUAGUCAGAUUGUUAUUUGGCCUAUGGCUAUGCAUUUUGGCAGGAUAAGCUUAAAAACUGAGAAAUGGAGGCACUCCCUUUGUUACGACCUAAAUAAUGCCCUUAAUUAGCACUUUGUUGCUAGAUAUAUCGACACACAAAUAAAUGCGAUUUUUGGCCUUCAGGGAAGUAACUGGGUUUGGUCUAUCGAUGGAUAUGACAAGUUCCAGGCAUUUGGCAUUUACAUCCACGGUGCUAUGGAUACUUUCUCCCGACGCUUGCUUUGGCUAAGGGUUUACAAUAGCAACAAGGACCCGGCUUUGAUCGCUUCUUAUUUUUUUGAUUUCAUAACGGAAGAAAAAGGUACUGCGAGGAUAUUUAUUUUUUGGGUUUUAAAAUCUUCCCGCCCUGAUUUAAUGGCUUUUUUUAGUGUUUCCGGUCAGGACUAGAACGGACUAUGGUGUAGAAGCGUGCAUUCUCGCCCAAUGCCAGAUCUUUCUCAGGAGGCAACAUAGAGACGCCUUUGCAUUUGAUAAUGCUCACUACAAUGGUCGUUCAGAACUCAAUCAGGUUAGGCCAGGUACUCCUUUGAGUACUCGAAUAAGCCCUCGCUCAUUAAUUUCACUUGAUUGACACGAUGCGAUGAUCUUUUAUCUCCUCUUAGACAAUCGAGGCUUGGUGGUCUCGUCAGCGCCGUUACAACUCACAGUACUGGCUCGAUGAACUUCAAGUAAGAAAUGUUUGAAGUGACUGUGCACUGACAACUAGUAAUUGUAUUUGUGCCGCAGUAUUACUGUAUCAAAGUUAAAACUGAAUCAUAUUUUUUUUCUCAGACACUUCGAGAGAGUGGCCUUUGGGAGCGCGAUGAUAUUAUUGACCGGUAAGUUAAGGACCCACAGCAAGAAUGAGUCUAGUCAUCCUUGCUGCAGUUAAUAAUGUUGACUUGCGUUGUGUUUCUGGAAGAACGAACUAGCCAUGAUUAGUAUUACAUGCACCUUCCACAACUGUUGUUUUUUCUCAGUGCACCUCCUGUCUAUUCAUAGAUGGAUAUUGCUGUACGUAUACAUUCCACUACUGGAAACGGAAUUGGCGGAUUUAAAAAUGGCGUACAAUGCCCACAAAAUCAGAAAACAGAAGGGAAAACUCAGACCGGAUGGCGUACCAGAUGACAUGUACUACUUCCCAGAGCGAUUUGGUAAGUAAUAGGCCUUUAGAUAGAUAAGUCAUGCAUCCACGGUCAAAGUAUUCACAAAGUAUGCGAAAGGCUCUGUAAAGUACAUUGUAAUUGAUAUAUAUUAAUAUCAAUAAUAUCAAUAUCAUUUUGUUUUGAAGGUGGUCAGGAAGAAGGUUUUGUGCCAUCAGAUAAUGACCUGCAACGGAUUGCCACACAGCAUGGCCUGGGAAGGCCUCUUCCCAACUAUAUUCCAGAUGAAGUACGAACCGUGAGCAGCAAUUGGUGCAGAAGUCAUGGGGUCACUGUUACAGUUGCAAAUGCAGCUACUGUGUAUCAACAUUUAAGACAAUAUGUUAAAGAUAAGAUAAGAUAA